GAAAUAAUUGACAAUGUCAAAGAAUAAUUACAAAAAAUAUGCAUAAAAAUUAAUAACAGUUCAUUUAAAAAUUGCUGUAUGUAAAAUAGGAAAAUAUUCUGGAAAAUAAGAAGGGAGUGGGAAAAAAUUAGACGUCAUUCAAAAAACAAUAAAAACAAGAUACUUUUCUCUUUCAGCUCGGAAAAGUUGAAAGCGUUGGAGGAAGCCCAACCUUUUUCUCUCAUUCAGUUUUUGUUUAAACUGAAUAUAAGGAGCUAAUAAAGAAUUAACGCUAAACUAAAUUAGACAACAAUAUUAACAACAAAAAUGGAAGAGGAUAAAUCUACAACAAUUCUUAUGGCUCGUGAUCUCGCUAAAGAAGAAUGCUUUGCUGAUGGUAAGAUGGCAAUGGGAAAUGCAACAGAUAACAACAGCGAUUUGGAAUCGCCAGUGCACUCCUGUGUAGAAUCGAUUUUACGCAGCGAUGGAGAUGACGACGAUGAAGAUCUCAUUUUCCAGGAGGUCAAAAUGAUAUUGCGUAAACGCAGAGGUUGGGGACCCGAAGAUUCACUAAGCGCUAACGACUUGGAUUUACUUGAGUAUGAUGAUGAGUUGGUGGAGGAAGACGAUGCUGGCUGUCCCUUGCCCUCUACACCAGAGGACACACAAUUGAUUGAAGCAGAGAUGACCGAGGUAUUGAAGGCGGGCGUCUUAUCGGAUGAGAUCGAUUUGGGUGCAUUAGCACACAAUGCUGCCGAACAAGCAGAAGAGUUCGUCCGUAAGGUUUGGGAGGCUAGUUGGAUGGUAUGUCAUUAUAAAAAUUUACCCAAAUGGCUGCAGGACAAUGACUUUCUACACCGCGGUCAUCGCCCACCACUGCCCUCAUUCAGUGCCUGCUUCAAGUCGAUAUUUCGUGUGCACACCGAAACCGGCAACAUCUGGACACAUUUGCUCGGCUGUGUGGCUUUCAUUGGUGUUGCGUUGUACUUUUUGUCACGUCCAUCCGUUGAAAUACAAAUUCAAGAGAAAAUCAUAUUUGGCGCCUUCUUUGCCGGUGCGAUCAUUUGCCUUGGCUUCUCAUUCGCUUUUCACACGCUUAGCUGUCACUCGGUGGAGAUUGGAAGACUGUUUUCAAAGUUAGAUUACUGUGGUAUUGCGCUACUGAUUAUGGGUUCGUUUGUGCCCUGGUUGUAUUAUGGUUUCUAUUGUCAUUAUCAACCGAAAGUCAUCUACUUAUCUGUGGUAUGCGUUUUGGGAUCGCUCUCGAUUAUUGUUUCGCUGUGGGAUAAAUUCUCUGAACCUGGUUUGCGUCCACUACGUGCUGGCGUCUUCAUGAGUUUUGGGCUCUCUGGCAUCAUACCGGCAAUACAUUACAGUCUGAUGGAGGGUUGGUUUAGCAAAAUCAGUCAAGCUAGUUUGGGUUGGCUAAUACUGAUGGGCCUGCUUUAUAUACUUGGCGCACUCUUAUAUGCUUUGCGUGUGCCGGAACGUUGGUUCCCCGGCAAGUUUGAUAUAUGGUUCCAAUCGCAUCAAUUGUUCCAUAUACUCGUAAUUGCGGCCGCAUUCGUGCAUUAUCAUGGCAUCUCCGAGAUGGCAAUGUAUCGCGUAACGGUCGGCGAAUGUACUGUACCUCACGAACCAAUCACGUUCUAAGCGAAAAGAUAUAGUUGUUUAAUGCUAAAACUGUUGGUUUAAUUAACGAUUAUUUGUUUUGGCUGCGUAUAUGUUUGAUAAAAAAAGAGAAAAUUAAAGUUUACAAUGAGCAAGAGGCAGAAGUCGAAAGUUAAAAUUGCAUCAUUAGUAUCAUUUAUAAUUUAUAUAUUAUAAUUAAAAACUCUAAAAUAUGGCGAUAUAAAAAUAGAAAAAUAAAUAUAAUCAUAAACACUUUCA